CAGGAGUUCAGGCCCAUCUGAACACGGAGCCCUUCUCCAGGUUCUUUCUCUCCCAUCCUGAUUCUUGCUACCGGAUGCAGAUGCCCUGCCCGCUGACAGCGGAGCAGGCUCCUCACCCCGAGGACAUGUGGAGGAAGCAGCCAGUACCAUACUGGCUUGGAGGACACUUCAGGAAAAGAGCCCCUGACAACCACUGAUCUGCUUCCUGUCACUAGUUCUGCCUUUUCUAGUGUUUAUAAUUUCAUAUAAACAGAAUCAUACAGACAGUGUCCUCUCUCUGUGUGAUGGCAUGCUCACGGACCUGCUCCCAAAUACUGGGGCUGAGCCUCGGGACUACAGCCCUGUUUGCUGCUGCGGCCAACACAGUGCUCCUCUUUCCUAACUGGGAUGUGACCUACCUGUUGAGGGGCCUCAUUGGCAGGCAUGCCAUGCUGGGUUCUGGGCUCUGGGGAGGAGGCCUCAUGGUUCUCACUGCAGCUACCCUCAUCUCCUUGACGGGCUGGAGAUAUGGCUGCUUCAGUAAGAGUGGGCCCUGCCAAAGUAUGCUUACUGCUCUGUUGUCAAGUGGCCUGGCUUUUCUUGGAGCCUUGAUUUGCUUUAUCACUUCUGGAGUAGCCCUGAAAUAUGGUCCUUUUUGCAUGUUCGAUGUUUCGCCCUUCAAUCAGACACAGGCUUGGAAACAUGGUUACCCAUUCAAAGACCUGCAUAACAGGAAUUAUUUGUAUGACCAUUCACUCUGGAACUCUGUCUGCCUGGAGCCUUCUAAAGCUGUCAUUUGGCACGUGUGCUUCUUCUCCGCCCUUCUGUGCAUCAGCCUCCUCCAGAUUCUCCUGGUGGUCAUUCAUUUCAUCAACAGCUUCCUGGGCCUUUUCUGCAGCCUCUGUGAGAAGUAACAGGGACUUCCAGUGGUUAAGAAUCUGCCUUCUAAUGCCGGGGACAAGGGUUUGAUCCUUGGUCAGGGAACUAAGAUCCUACACGCCAUGGGGCAGCUAAGCCCACGCUCUCUAGAACCUGCGCACCACAACUAGAGAGGCUGCGUGCUGCAACUACUGACUCCCCGUACUCUGGAGCCCAUGCACCACAACUAGAGAAGCCCGCGUGCUGCAACGAAGAGCCGGCACACUGCAACAAAAAGAUCCCGCAUGCCACAACUAAGACCUGAUGCAGCCAAAUAAAUAAAUUAAUUUAAAAAAAUCACAUUGUAAACUGCAAGAUGAUAUAUUAGUAGAAGAAAUAAUUAUCAUUAUUACUGUGUAGGAACUUAUAGUCCAUAAAAUGUCCUCCAGCCAUGAUCUCAUUUCAGCCUCUCAAAAGCCCCAUAAAAUUGGCUGCAUGUUACAGAUGAAGUUGAGGCUCCUAGAGGAUAAUGGACUUGCUGCCCAAAAGCAGUCAGUUAGGUUCAGGUAAAGUCAAUACCUUACCCCCUACUUUCUAAAUUCAAGUUCACUAGCUUAAUGGACUGAAUUAUGUGCUCCCAAAAUUCAUAGGUUGAAGCCCUAGCCCUCAAUGUGACUUUGGAGAUAGGACCUUUAAGAAGCUAAUUAAGGUUAGAUGGGGUCAUAAGAGUGGGACACUAAUCGAAAAAGACUGGCAUCCGUAUGAGAAGAGGAUGAGACAACAAGUACAUGAAAAGAUGCUUAAUAUCACUAAUCAUCAGGGAAAUGCAACGCCAAACCAUAAUGAGAUAUCACCUUACACUUGUUAGAAUGGCUAUUAUCAAAAAGGAAAGAAAUAACAAAUGUUGGUGAGGAUAUGGAGAAAAAGGAACCCUUGCACACUCACACACACAAUGGAAUACUCUUCAGCCAUAAGAAAAAUGAAAUCUUGCCAUUUGUGACAACAUGGAUGGACCUAGAGGGUAUUAUGCUAAGUGAAAUAAGUCAGAGAAAACCAAAUACCAUAUGAUAUCACUUACAUGUGGAAUUUAAAACAACAACAAUAGCAACAAAACCAAGUUCAUAGAUACAGUGACAGACUAGUGGUUGCCAGAGCUGGGGCUGGGGAGUGAGAGAAAUGGGUGAAGGGAGUCAAAGGUACAAGCUUCUACUUAUAAAAUAGUUAAGUCAUGGGGAUAUAAUGUACAACAAGGUGACUAUAGUUAAUAGUACUGUAU